AUGUCGAUUCACGAAGCUGCCGAAGAUGGCAGGGAGGAGGAGCUGCAGAAGCUCAUUCAGCGCAACAUCCAGGCUGUGAAUGAAGAGGAUGAGUACGGGGAGACACCACUUCAUCUGGCCUGCAUGGCCGGCCAUCCCAACUGCGUCAAGCUUUUGCUGCACAACGGCGCUCAGGUGGACUGCCAGAACUCGAACGGGACGACACCGCUGCACUACGCCGCACGCUACGGUCGUCAGGCGUGCGUGACCUUGCUCCUUCGCAAUGGGGCGAACGUAGCGCGCAAGGACAACGCGCACUGGACGCCGCUGCACUAUGCCGCCAUCAACGCCCAGACCAAAUGCGCUGCCCUGCUCAUAGAGAAAGGAGCCGAUGCGAACGCUCUGACGUCGGACCACAACUCGCCGCUGCACUUGGCCGCCUCCGCGGGCGUGCUCGAUUGCGUGCUGCUGCUGGUAAAGCACGGGGCCAAGCUGAACGCCAAGAACAAGGAGGGCAACACUCCGCUCUCUCUGUUGACCAUCAAAGCCAAGGCUGCUGUAGAUAAGGAGAAAAACAGCCUGCAGCGCCUGAGCGAGGAUCUGCGCGGACUUGUAAAUGACAAAACCUACGCCGAUGUGGCCUUCAUCAUCGAGGGCGAAGACAGGCGAACGCUCUACGGGCACAAGAACAUCAUUUGCCUGCGCUGUCCGCGGCUGAAGGAGAUCAUCCAACAGCACGAGCGGCACAAGGGCAGCAACGGAAGCACAUCAGAGCCGGAGCAGAUCGGCAACCUCACCAUCGUACACGUGCAAGGAAUGAGUGCCUCCGUGUUCGAAAAUCUGCUCCACUUCGUGUGUACGGGCGAGGUGCCCGCACUGGUCUCCCUCGCCGCUUUCCUGAGCUCAGCAUCGAGCGAGACGGACAAAGUGAGAGAGCUGGCGCAGCUGGUGGAGCUGUUGCGUGCCGCAGAGAUUUACCAAUAUUCGCACCUCGCCGAUUACUGUGAAGAGAUUCUUUCAGCCAAUUUGAACGUGGAGAGCGCGAUCGAGUUCCUGAGCGCGACCGACUACAGGAAGAAAGGAGCGACUGGGCUGCGUGAAUGGGGAACCCUGCCCGGAAUGAACAACGACGACGUCAGUCGCCAGUGCCUCGCCCGGGUCCGCAAGACCUUUGGCGAAUACCUCAUCGCGCACUUCAACGAAGCGGCGGAGAGUAAGGGCUUCCGAAAGAUCAAGAAGGAAAUGAUCGUCGACCUCCUGCCUGAGCUCUCGAAGCACAAGCCCGCCGAAUACGUGCGGCGCGUGCCGAAGAAGAAGGUGGAAAAGGUGGACGCGAUGAAGGGGAACAUCCUGCUCGAGUGCAAGAAGAUCAUGACCAGCCUCAUCUCCGACACCGACGCCUGGCCGUUCAACCAGCCCGUGGACCCUGUGGCGCUGGGCAUCCCCACCUACUUCGACAUCAUCAAGGAGCCCAUGGACUUUGGCACCAUCAACCAAAAGCUCAAGAACGGCAAGUACGAAGUGCUGGCCCAGUUCGAGCGCGACGUGCAUCUGGUCUUUGCCAACGCCCUCCUCUUCAACGAACCCGACUCGGACAUCGGCUACUGGGCCAAGAAGCUGCGAGGCCUGUUUGAGAGGCGACUGGUGCGAGUGCACAACAUGCUGAAGGAGGAGAAGGAGCGCUACGCCUCGGCUGUUGCUGCCGCCCCGCAGCAGCCGGCCGCCGCCGCUGGCCCGCCCGCCGCCCAAAAGGAGCCCGCCGCGUCCACCUCGACCUCCACCACCUCCUCUUCAUCGUCCUCCUCUUCAUCUUCGUCUUCGGGCGCAUCCCUCACCGGCGCCAAGAAGAAACCCUCCCGACCCGUCGCUGCGGCGACAGCGGCCAAGGCCGCGCCGGCGACGGUGAUCAGUCCGGAGGAGCUGGAGGUGGCGCGCGCGCGGCUGAGCCAGAACGUGAACCGGUUAUCGCCGCACCAGCUCAUGGAGGUCCUCACCAUGAUCCAGCAGGCCUCCUCCAUGCCCACCGUGUGCGCUGCCUGCGCUGACUCCGUCGGCGACCACCAGGGCGAGGAGGGGGACAGCAACGGCGAUAUCGAGAUCGACCUGAACGAGCUGCCGCCCGACGCGCUGGUGCGCAUCCAGGCCUACGUCGACAGCUGCCUCGCCGGCAACGGCAACGACCCGGGAGACGAGGAACACGAGGAGAUGACCCUCGAGGAAGAGGACGAACCGGUCGCCGCGGCUCCCGCGACAGCGCUCAAGACCGUCUCUGCGCCACGAAAGAGACAGCGAAGCGAGUUUGACUUUGAUGCGACGCCGGAGGAGCUGGGAGGAGGGCUCGACCCCAAGAACGAGAACGGGGUCGCGAGGCAGCAGCGACGAGAGAAAGGGCGCGAGAGGCGGAAGGACAAGGCCGACCGCGGCAGCGGUUCCGGGAGCGACGCCGGCGGCGGCGACAAGAAGCGGAAGCGCCACCACCAUCACCACCAUUCGUCGUCGGCGUCGUCGUCAUCGACUCCGUCCGGCGGCUACGCUUCGCCCGGCAAUGCCGGCACGCCCGGCGUCAGCGGCAGCAGCGCGUCGGCGGCGGCUGCGGCGGCGCAGCAGAGGAAGGAGCGGAAGCGGAUAAAGGAGGAGCGGGACGAGACCUACUCCCAGGGCGGCGGCAGCGGCGGUCGACGAAACGAAAGCUACGCGCCCACCUCCUUCGAACACAUCGAGUUCGGGCACAGCUGA